UACAAGACUGACGCUCUACCACUGAGCUAUAGGGGCUACUUGUUUCUCCUUUUUGACCAAAUUUCUGAGAUAGCAAAGCAAGCGACACUUUUUAGGGGCGUCGAGGGAAGUAAAUCGGAUUGGGAAAGAUGGAGGAGAACACAUUUGAUCCUGAUUUGAUUCACGCCAUAUUCAAAGUGUUAAUUACUGAAAUUGCAGAGCGCGAGAAAAAUGAAGCAACUGAUGCUAUGGACUGCGAGGUAGGAGUUGGAACAUCUAAGAAGAUUCGGUCCACUUCUGCUAAUUCUAAUGCACUGAAGUUGAGUUGUGAACUUCUCCGAGUUUUUAUUUCAGAGGCUGUGCAACGUGCUGCUACAAUUGCUGAAGCAGAGGGAGUCAGUAAGAUUGAAGCGACUCAUUUGGAAAGGAUUCUCCCACAGUUACUUCUCGAUUUUUGAUACAUUACAGGGUGUAUAGACACAUGGUUUUGGUUUUCCUUUUCUUUCCCUUUCUGUACUAUCCAUGAUUUUAAAAUGGUGAUUUAUUAGCAUUAGUACAUUAUUGGUAA